ACAAAGGCAAUUCAACGAUCCCAAACACUUUACGUUUUCGUUUUCUUUCCUAUAUUUUCAUCUAUAGAUUUGGGGAAGAGUCAAGAAUCUGAAGAGCUUUGAUCCCUCAAAACCCAUCAAUGGCGGGUGUAUCUUUGAAGUGCGGGGACUGUGGGGCACUGUUGAAAUCGGUGGAGGAAGCCCAGGAACACGCCGAACUCACUUUCCAUUCCAACUUCUCCGAGUCCACUGAAGCCGUUCUCAAUCUUGUUUGCUCUGCUUGUGGCAAACCAUGCCGAUCCAAAACAGAAAGCGAUUUGCAUACAAAAAGAACAGGGCAUACCGAGUUUGUAGAUAAGACUUUGGAGACAGCAAAACCAAUUAGUUUGGAGGUCCCAAAGGUAGCUAUGGACUCAGAGGAGACUGUUGAUGCAGGUAGCACCAGCCAAUCUGAAGAGAUGGUUGUGCCAGAGGUUGACAAAAAACUGCUUGAAGAACUGGAAGCGAUGGGUUUCCCUACCGCACGAGCAACACGUGCUCUCCAUUUUUCUGGUAAUACAAGUCUUGAGGCUGCCGUGAACUGGGUAGUUGAACAUGAGGCUGAUACAGACAUCGAUGAGAUGCCCAUGGUAUCUGUCAAUAAAAAUGGUGAGGCGCCUAAACCUUCUCUUACACCGGAAGAGAUGAAACUCAAAGCACAAGAGCUAAGGGAGCGAGCUCGGAAAAAGAAAGAAGAAGAGGAGAAGAGGAUGGAAAGAGAAAGAGAAAAGGAGAGGAUUCGAGUGGGCAAGGAGUUGUUGGAAGCAAAACGUAUUGAAGAAGAAAAUGAGAGAAAACGUUUGAUGGCCCUGCGGAAAGCUGAAAAAGAGGAAGAGAAACGAGCACUGGAAAAGAUUCGCCAGAAAUUGGAAGAAGACAAGGCAGAGAGAAGGCGGAGACUAGGGCUGCCACCAGAAGAGCCUUCAGCAGCACCAAAACCUUCUGCGUCUGUUUUUUUUUAUAGGAAUACAAUUGGGUCUUCAACUAUUUCUCCUCUAAAAUUAAGUGCCACCAGUGCAUUCCUCUUCUUCCUAACCAUCUCGAAUACUGAAACCAAAUCUGCUCUUGGAUCUUGUGCAGCUUCCACAAUUCUGCUCUACAAUUAUUCAACUCAGUUAAUACCUCACUAUCGACAGCACCCUGCUUUUGUUGAAUAUCAGACCCCCUUUCUGAAUGGUAACUAUUGUUGUAAUCCUAGACUUCAGUACAACUCUGUUUCUGUAUUGCAGAGUGCAUUGCCAGUUAGGCCUGCCACAAAGGCAGAGCAAAUGCGCGAAUGUUUGCGAUCUCUCAAGCAAAAUCACAAGGAUGAUGAUGCCAAAGUGAAGAAAGCAUUCCAGACUCUUCUCACGUAUAUCGGAAACGUGGCCAGGAAUCCUGACGAGGAGAAGUUCCGAAGAAUUAGACUCAAUAAUCAAACUUUCCAGGAUAGAGUUGGAUCUCUGAAAGGAGGAGUGGAGUUCUUGGAGCUUUGUGGAUUCGAGAAAGUCGAAGGAGAUGAAUUCUUGUUUCUCUCCAGAAACAAGGUUGGCAUGCAAGUUCUCAACUCAGCUGGAUCCGAGCUCAACUCUGCUAUCAAUAAUCCCUUUUUCGGGAUUCUUUAACUUUGAAAAU